CCUAGUUGUCUGUGAACUUCAUAACCAUUUUUAGAACUCAAAGUGAUAUUUACUAGAACGAAUUCUGCUCAACUUGCCUACCGCAACUAUCCUCAAUUAGGGAGCAAAAUCAUAUCGCCGACUAAGAGAUCAUAUGAGCUAAUAUCGAUCUCUUUGUGGACCUGCACAAUUAGGGAGCAUUAUCUGAUUGGGUACAGAUGCACGAUAUUCAGACAUUCAGACGGACUUUAGAUAUAUGAAGCGAGAAAAAGGGGGCAAAAGUCGCAUUCCAGAAACAAUUAAAAGUGCAAUCUGAUAUAAUUCAAGGGUUACAUAAGACCAGUGUGCAAUGGCGGCCUCAGCAAACAAUUAGUCAAACCCAAAAACACAGAACAUUAUUACGUCCAACCCCUGGGGUUCAUUCUCUCAUCUCUAAAAUCAACCUGGCAAGAAGAACACAGAAAAUUUUGCCCAAAAAAUUCAAAUACGGCCUCCUGCCUUCUCACUUCCCUUCACCCGCUUCCUUCUCGAAGAACGUCUUCCUAAUCCAAUUAAACGGCUGCAGAUGUAUAGAAAGCAAGAUUAAUACUGCACAAAUAAGUCGAAUAACGAAGGUAAAUAAUUAUCAGCGUAACUCUCCAAACAAAAACCGGAGGAUAUCAGAGAAAGAACACUAGUAUCCGACUAUCCGUGCAGAGUGGAAAUGUCAAUUGAAAUCUUCAAUCAGAUAUUUGAAGUAGCAACAUUUGGUUCGAAAGAAGGCUCGAUGAAAAAGUGAACUUCAUGUGAAGAUUGAGAAACAGUCCAAAUUAAACUUUCCUUCACUAUCUUGUCAGUGAACGAAAAUAAUUUAGUAGCACUUAAAACGGAAUCAAAGAGAAUGUAUGAUGGGGGAAUACAAGUAUACAACCAAUCAAAAUCAAGUAUACUUCGUAACUUGAAUGCCGGUUCUUCAUCUGACAUUCAAGUGCUAGGCUAGAAGCUACGAAUGGACAUUGGAUAAUGGAGAUAACCACUGCGAUAGCCUGCUUAAAAAGUUACUCAACUGCGUGUAUGGUAAUUGGUAGGGAACAAGAUAGUGAAAGAGGAUAUUAACUUCAAAAGUUGACCAAAUACAUGGAUGAAAAAAGAUAGCAAGAUACAAGACUGAUGACUGAUUUGAAAACAAAAGCAGCAAAAAUGAAUUGCCCUACAACCAGAAGAGGAUCUGUGUGAAAUUCAUCAAUGAACCAAGAACAACCUCAACAACCAUGCUAAAUAGACAAUCCAUCACCUUUCUCUUACUCAUUUAUCAUUCUAUCCAUUCCCUAACAAUCCAUCAUUUCUAAUAUUAUGAAACAAAACUGCAAUUCUAACAAUGAUCACAGCAUCACCAAAAAGAAAACAUUCAGGGAUCCUAAAAAAUCUGACAAGAACCCAGGGCCACAAUCAGAAAACAUUAGCAUAUUAUAUCAACUACCCAUCAAAGGAAUAUCAUUUGUAGGCACAAGUAAUCAUCUCAGCAAUCCGAUUGCAAAAAGAUAAAUCUGACCCUCCCCAACCCACCACCACCAUCGUCAUCAUCAUGAUCAUGAUUCCGAAUUUCUCAUAUGCGCAUCUUCCCCCAUAAAUUAGACAUGGGUAUAGCUGAACAAAGGGGGAAAUCGGCCUCCGGAACCGAACGAGGAUGCAAAGAAGUGGGGCUGAUUAUUCGUAAGGCGAUGAGAUCUACGGGGCGAUGCGAAGGAAGACAAAAAGAUGGUGGAGGACGGAAAUCGUACCUGAACGAGAUAGAUAGCACCAGCGCCGGCGGCAGCGCCCCAAAAGGCCAAGGACUGGAUCUCGGUGGCUUGGAGACGAACCUUGGGGGUUAAGGACUUCAACAUUCCUCCACCAGCCAUGUCGAUAGAGCUUUGAAUUCUUUGAUUUUGAUCUUGCGGGAACCCAGAACGCAACGCCAAACCCUAGUCAGAAUCGAAAAUCAAAGCUGCGAAAUUGAAUACGAAAGGUAUCUUCUGUGCUUUGCUUUCCAAUUCUAAUAUUCCUGCUCCCUUUGUAAUUUCUUGAUGGAGGAUUGGGCCAAUGGGCCCCCUUGGGCCUGGGUGGUGAGCAAGCAAAUCGUUCUUUUCUAGUAUUCAAUACAGAGUACCCAAACUU